AUGGCCGACGAGAACGGCACUGAACCCAUCAAGCGCGAUGUGCGCAACCAUAUGCUGUUCGAGGUGGCCACCGAGGUGGCCAACCGGGUGGGCGGCAUUUACUCGGUGCUCAAGUCUAAAGCCCCCGUCACCACUGCCGAGUAUGGGGAGCGCUACACCCUGAUCGGUCCUCUGAACAAGGCCUCCGCGGCCGUCGAGGUCGAGGAGCUCACCCCGUCCAGCCCGGCCAUGCGAGACACCAUCAACUCCAUGCAGGAGCGCGGCAUUGAAAUUGUCUACGGUCGCUGGCUGAUCGAGGGCGCACCGCGCGUGCUGCUGAUCAAUACGGGCACGGGCUACCGCUGGCUCGACGAGUGGAAGGGCGAUCUGUGGAACAACUCCGGGAUCCCCUCCCCCGCCGCCGAUCAUGAGACCAACGAGGCCAUCGUCUUUGGAUACAUGGUCGCCUGGUUUUUGGGCGAGUACAUUGCCCAUGAGCGCCGCCGGGCCGUGGUGGCCCAUUUCCAUGAAUGGCUGGCCGGGGUCGCCUUGCCCUUGACCAAGAAGCGCCACAUGGACCUGACCACCAUCUUUACCACCCACGCCACCCUGCUGGGUCGCUAUCUCUGCGCCGGAUCUGUGGAUUUCUACAACAACCUCCAACACUUUGACGUGGACGCGGAGGCCGGGAAGCGCGGGAUCUACCACCGCUACUGUAUCGAGCGCGCCGCCGCGCACAGCGCGGAUGUCUUCACCACCGUCUCGCACAUCACGGCCUUUGAGAGCGAGCACCUGCUGAAGCGCAAGCCCGACGGGGUCCUGCCCAAUGGCCUCAAUGUCAAGAAAUUCUCCGCCAUGCACGAGUUCCAGAACCUGCACUCGCAAGCCAAGGAGAAGAUCAAUGACUUUGUCCGCGGCCAUUUCUACGGCCAAAAUGACUUCGACCUGGAUAACACCCUUUACCUCUUCACCGCUGGCCGGUAUGAGUUCCGCAACAAAGGUGUCGACAUGUUCAUUGAGGGUCUGGCCCGCCUCAACCACCGCCUCAAGGCAAGCGGGUCGACGACGACUGUGGUAGCCUUUAUCAUUAUGCCGGCGCAGACUUCGUCUCUCACGGUGGAGUCGCUGAAGGGCCAGGCCGUGGUCAAGUCCCUGCGGGACACGAUCGAGAACAUCGAAAAGGGCAUUGGAAAGCGCAUGUAUGAGCGCUGUCUGGAGUGGAAGGAAGGCGACAACAUGCCGGAUGAGAAGGACCUCAUUACCAGCCAGGACCGAGUCCUGCUGCGCCGUCGCCUCUUUGCCAUGAAGCGACACUCGCUGCCGCCCAUUGUCACGCACAACAUGGUCAAUGACCACGAGGACCCGAUCCUGAACCAGCUGCGCCGGGUCGAGCUCUUCAACCGCUCGUCCGAUCGCGUGAAGAUCGUCUUCCAUCCCGAGUUCCUGAAUUCGUCCAACCCCGUACUCCCGCUGGACUAUGACGAUUUCGUCCGGGGUACUCACUUGGGAGUGUUCCCGUCCUACUAUGAGCCGUGGGGUUACACCCCCGCGGAGUGCACGGUGAUGGGCGUGCCCAGCAUCACCACCAACCUCUCCGGCUUCGGGUGCUAUAUGGAGGAGCUGAUUGAAAAUUCCUCGGACUAUGGCAUCUACAUCGUGGACCGCCGCACCAAGGGCGUGGAUGACUCGGUCAACCAGCUGACUGAGUUCAUGUAUAACUUUACCUUGAAGAGCCGGCGGCAGCGGAUCAACCAGCGUAACCGCACCGAACGCUUGAGUGACCUGCUGGACUGGAAGCGGAUGGGCCUGGAGUACGUCAAGGCCCGCCAGCUGGCGUUACGGAGAGCGUAUCCCUCUUCGUUUGACGGAGCGGAGGACUACUUCGAUAUCAUCGGCGGCACUGAGCAGAAGAUCUCCCGCCCGUUGUCCGUGCCGGGGUCCCCGCGCGAUCGUUCCGGCAUGAUGACCCCGGGUGACUUUGCGUCGCUGCAGGAAGGCCGGGAGGGACUAGGCACCGAGGACUACGUCGCAUGGAAGCUGCCUGAGGAGGAAGAACCCGAUGACCACUUCUACCCGCUCACGCUACGCACCCGCAAGACCAACGAGCGUCCCCAAUCCCCGCUGGAUAGCAUCCCGGUCAAUGGGGCCCGUCUUUCCGAGGGCAGUCCGAAGCAGGCCUAA